AAGCGGAGCAGCGCCGGCAAACUUCAAUAAAUUCGAAGUCGAUCAGUCGCAUAACUCAUAACUGGAUGUACAAUGAUCAUGUUGUGAUAUUUUGUAACUUGUCUGAGUUUCUGACUAUGUUCUUUUGCAUAUCAUCGAUUUUUUGAUCUGUUUACAAGCACUUCCAGUAAUUUUUUAAUUUUGCACUAUUUAGAGUGGAAGGUGCACGACUCCUUGAAAUCUGUUCGCCUGUGACUCUGUGUAUUCGUUUUGUUUGGACUCACCCCGUGCGCCAACAGCAUCUGACUCUUGAUUCUUGAAAGACGAUGGAUGGUUCGUACGUGAGCAUCGCGGAAAAAGAUACGUACCUGCGUUUUCUCAAAUAUGGCCAGCGAGAGGACAAGCGCGCGGCGUUUGAUUAUCGGGAUUGGCAGGUGUUCUACACGAAAGACCCGGGAACUUGCGUGGUUUAUCUGGGAAAUACUACUGUGAUGUGCACGGUGAAAGUGUUACCUAAGAGAACCUGGAAAACUACUCAAGUGCGUGGUCUAUCUCGUGUGGAUCUCAGCUUAUCCGCCAUGAGCUUUUCCAAAUUCCAGCCCAGCCGACAGAGGUUGCGAACAAUACGAAAGCAGCUGCGGCAACAUAUCAAAUCCAGUAUUUUCUGGUCGAAAUGCGUGGAUGACGAAUCCCUGUGCAUUUCAAGGGGGAAAGCGGUGUUCCAAGUGCACAUUUCCAUAGACGUAAUCCACGCGGAUGGGAAUCUUUUCGAUGCCACUUGCAUGGCGGCGGUAGCGUGUCUGCUGAAUACACAGCGCCCCGAGAUUAUAGUUGAAGGCAACCAGAUUCUCGCUCUUAGUACUUUUGACAAAACCCCAAUUCCGUUGCAAAUUAACCAUAUUCCUGUUUCCACAACGUUUGGCUUCCAACCGGCAAGCCAUUUCGCCAUCGUGGAUCCUAGCGGAAAGGAAGAAAUAGUCCUCAACGGUGCCUUGACCAUUGUUGUCAAUCAGAAUGGAGAAAUCUGCGGGACGUACAAGCACGGAAUGGCUGCCCUUCCAGUCGAGACUAUCUCAAGAUGUGCUGAAAUUGCUGCUUUGCGUGCGAAAGAUGUGGCAGUGAAACUGCGUGAACUAGCGGAAAACGAUUCAAGUAGAAGACUACGGAACGAGUCUGUGGAUUUUCUGGAUAAUCUGCGGCGGCGUUUACCCACAGGCGCGGAUACGGAAAAAGAUGGUUCCAUUACCAAACGUGCACAAACACUGGGAAUUUUACCUGCGGCGUCCGCGUUUCCGCAACACGAAUCUGCUCAUAUUCUACCAAAACGGGAAGAAGUACGAUUACCGGAUGAGCAAGAUUUGUCGGACGAGGAAGGAGAGUUGAGCAUGGAUGAAGACGAAGAAGGAUUGGGCAGCGAGGAAGAAACUGAUUUCCUACACUCUGCUGACCUGGAAUAACUUUAAGCAUUCCCGUUAAUUCAAAAGCAGUGUUCCGACGAUAACAAGGGUGCAUUUAGUCGUUUCUCAGGUUGCGUGUGAAGUGUAAUGACUGUUAACUCGCUCCUGUACAGAGUCUGUAGAUAAUUAUUUACAAGGAAAUGAAAUGAUGGGGUUUCUAUUUUUGAUGAUUUACCCGAACAGAAUACAAUCAAUAAAA